UCCCCAAAAUUAGAAACUGUCUCAGAGUUCACUCAGGAUGAAGCAGCUGAGUUGUGAAACGAGGAGGAAAAGAAGUUGGGGGGGAGAACACACCCCCUCUUAGACUUCCAACAAAGAGCCCUUGGACACACAAGCCCUGACACGUUGCUCCCAAUUAUCCCUCCUCUGACACAGCAGCCCCGUGGUUAUUAUCUCGAGAUCAAAGCAAACACUCCAGAGGUAUAAAACCUGCCCUGACCGAGUCCUGCUUAUUUUGGGAGCUGGCAAGAACCUGGAAAGGAUGAAGGCUCCUCUCCUCCUCCUCGCCGCGCUCGUCCUCGCCCUGUGCACGGACAGGGCUUCCUCCUUGACCUGUUUCUCGUGCAAAGACGCGACUUCCAACAUCCACUGUCUCGGCACCACCAAAUGCUCCGACAACGAGAAGUACUGUCUGACCACCUAUUCCACCACGGGAAUGGGCAGUGACAAGAACCAGCGCAUCACCAAGAAGUGUUCUGCAUAUUGCCCGACAAUCGACCUCAACAUCGGCAUAGCCGGGGUGGCCACCAGCUGCUGCCAGACCUCCCUGUGCAACAUCAGCGGCGCCAGCAGCGUGAAAACCAGCGCCACCAUCAUCGCCCUGGGCCUCCUAGCCAGCCUGGCCUGCAUCCUCAGCAUGGGCUUUUAAAGGCUUUCCCAGGGGGAAAUGAGGCCUUGCACAGCCAGGGCUCGAGGUGGCACCUGCAGGGUGGGAAUGCCGCCCUGCUUCCCCUGCUCGGGAGGUCACAUCCGAUGACAAAGCCCAAGGGCACUGCCAUACCUCAAAAGGAUAUUUUUGGAAGAGAAAGGAGUGAUGUGGAGCCCACCACGGGCACCAUCUCUCCUGCUAUUGGCACUUUCUAAAUCAGUGCAGUUUUUCCCCUUCGUUUUGUCCCUCGUGCCGUUUUUUUUCUCUUUAUACCACUUUUUGCCCUGCAUCAUUUUGCUCUGAGGAAGCCCUUUAAUAUCAGAGUUGUUAAGCAGCAACUGGGCACAAUAAAGUGUUAUUUUAUCC